UGUAAACAGCUUAUCAACACAACCUUGUCUGGAAAAGACACAGCUACUUAACGUACGAUGGGCUUUGAGGACUCUAUUAUGCAGACGACUGAGUACGUCAAAGAGACCCUUGGUAACCUCGAUCGGUCUAAACUACAGCUCCUAGCACUCUCUUCUGCUGGGGUUGGAGCUGUUUUGUGCUACUUGACAUGGAGGCAAAGCCCCAAAACAAUACCAGUGGGGGAUGGCUGGUGGGGAGCUGGAGAGAAGCCUUUAACUGAGGGCAAAACCAUUCACAGAUUUGUAGUGACGACCUCGGUGGAAGAGAUAGAGGAUCUACAAAGACGCAUUGAUCAAACACGCUUCACGAUUCCACUGGAGGAUAGCCGCUUUAAUUAUGGAUUCAACUCUAACUAUCUUAGACGGGUGGUCUCUUAUUGGAGGCACCAGUUUGACUGGGAAAAGCAGGUGAAGGUGAUUAACCAGUAUCCUCACUUCAAAACCAAAAUUGAGGGAAUAGAUGUGCAUUUCGUCCACGUGAGGCCUGUCCAGAAGGCUGGACAGACAGUUCUCCCUCUCAUGAUGGUUUAUGGCUGGCCUGGUUCCUUCUAUGAGUUUUACAGGAUCAUACCCUUGCUCACUAAGACCGAUUCAGAUGUGGUCUUUGAGGUCAUCUGCCCCUCCAUUCCAGGCUAUGGCUACUCAGAAGCCCCACAUAAAAAAGGAUUCAACACUUUGGAGGCUGCCCGCAUCUUCCAUAAGCGGAUGGAAAGACUGGGAUUCACCGAGUUUUACGUGCAAGGAGGAGACUGGGGAGCCUUCAUUACAAACAACAUGGCCCAGAUGAAGCCAGAGUGCAUUCGUGGUCUGCACUUGAACAUGGUCAUUGCCAGGACAGACAGCCUUGGACAGCUCCUCUCCUUAAUCACUGGUCGCUACCUGCCGUUCCUGGUGGGCUUCACAAAGGAAGAUGUAAGACGACUCUAUCCUUACAUGGAGAAGAAUAUAUUUGAUAUACUGAGAGAAACUGGCUAUUUACACAUUCAAGCCACUAAACCAGACACAGCAGGUUGUGGACUGAAUGACUCACCAGUCGGAUUGGCUGCCUAUAUCUUGGAGAAAUUCUCCUCUUGAACAGACAUAGGAAACAGAGACUUGGAGGAUGGAGGCUUAGAG